AUGGAGAACUUCGUAAACAUGGGCAAGGAAUACUUGUCUGGCCAGCAGGGCCAGCAGGGCGGCGGCAGUCUGUUCAAUCUGCAGAACGUCAUCGGCCACGCCACUGAGCACGAUCAGCAGCAGGGCGCGCAAGCCAACAGCGGUUUGUUUGCCACUGUCGCCAACACGCUCCACCAGAAGCAGGCGAGCGGCAACAUGGAUCAAAAUGUCGAUGAGGGUAUGCUCAAGAAUAUUUUUAACAAGGUGUCUGGCACUGGCACUGGCACCGACGAGGAGGUCGGCCAGGCGAGCGCGGUUGAUGCGUUCCGGAAGCACCUUACUGGAGGCAACCAAAAUCAAGCGAGCUUGGACUCCAUCCUCGGCAAAGCCAUGUCGCAGGCUGGCGCUGCUGCGGCCAAGAGCGGCGGCAACCAGCAAAAUGCGAUGGAUCAUGCAUCGCAAACCGUUAUGAAGCUCGCGAUGAAGCACAAAUUGAACAGCAUGAUGGGCAAGAGCGACUACUCGGAGAUCAUGAGUCUUUUGACAUAG